AUGUCAGAUUAUCCGAUGAAACCGGUUCUUCAAAAACCGCCUGGUUACAGAGAUCCAAACGCGGCGACUCCUCCUCCUCCUACACCUCCUCCGAUCGCAGUCAGACCAGAACAUCAGCCGAUGCGAAAAACCUCCGCGAUGCCUUCUUCUUUCCGACCAAAGAGAAAACGCAGAAGCUGUUGUCGUUUCUGUUGCUGUUGCGUCUGCAUUUCUCUGGUCCUCUUCAUCUUCCUCCUCCUUGUCGGAACCGCCGUUUUCUACCUCUGGUUCGAUCCUAAGCUCCCGACAUUCAGCCUCGCCUCUUUCCGUCUCGACGGAUUCAAACUCGCCGACGAUCCCGACGGCGCGUCUCUCUCCGCCACCGCCGUAGCCCGCGUGGAGAUGAGGAAUCCCAACUCCAAGCUCGUUUUCUACUACGGCGACACCGCCGUGGAAUUAAGCGUCGGGAGCGGAAACGACGAGACCGGAAUGGGAGAGACGACGAUUAAGGGAUUCCGGCAAGGACCGAAGAAUUCAACGAGCGUGAAAGUGGAGACGACGGUGACGAACCAGCUUGUGGAUAGAGGAUUGGCUAAGAGACUCGCGGGGAAAUUUCAGAGCAAAGAUUUGGUGAUCAGUGUUGUUGCCAAGACGAAAUUUGGAUUAGGUGUCGCCGGGAUUAAGAUCGGAAUGCUCGCCGUUAAUUUGAGAUGCGGUGGGGUUAGCAUGAACAAGCUCGAUACCGAUUCACCGAAAUGCACCCUUAAUACACUCAAAUGGGUGAAUAUACAUCAGUAA